ACUCAGUGACUGAUGCAAGUCCUCAGCUGGCUUCAUGCUGUGAGCUACUGGAGCUCAUUCUCCGCAAAGGAUUGCUGCGAGGUUGUUGUCGUCCUCGAAGUCCACACAGAGCUGGCAGCAUUGCUUUGAUAUACCCAAAUCCUCAUGAAGCAGAAUCCAGCUAAAGUUGGUCCAUCUCUGGAUGCCUCAGGAUCCUCACAGGGUUGGCCUCUGUCUACUGGAGCUGGCACAAUCUGUAGAUGCCUCAGGAUGGGUAGAAAAAAAGGAACAGGUGGAAAUGAAUUAGCGUAGCUGCCUUUACAAAAUAAAUGAGUAAUUGUUAAUAGAGUAUUUAUGGACAGAGUUUCAAGAAUCAGCAAUUUGUAACAGUCGGCAGGGAAGCUGUAACAGUGUUCAGACAUAUGAUAGUCUUCAGGACAGAGGAGUUUUCUGUUUCUAGGUAACAUGACAAUCAACUGCAAUGGGUCUGUUAACUUCAUAAGACAGAGAAAAGAGAGGAUGGUGAAGGAGCUAUGGGUUAUAGCUGUUUACGAGGAAAUAAACUGAUUGUGAACAUUAAAUGGAACUGGAAAAAAUGGAAUAAAAACCACUACAAGACGGGCUCUUUUCAGAAAACAAUCCAUCACACCACCCCAUUAUUUACUUAUAACAGCACAGCUCCUAGAUUUUGAUUGUUAAGCAUAAUACAGAUCUCAUGUCUAGUUAGAUGCUAUAAUUUUUUCUAUGUACAUUAAGGCACAUUUGGGAAAAUUUGCAUGCAAAUGGACUUAUAGGACAAGAACAGCUUAUGAUGCCUGAUUGCAUCUCACAGAACCUCAUAAACACACACACAUGGCACACAGUGUAUACAUACAGUACAUGUAAUGAUGCAUAUGAUGUGCUACCUUUUUUUCCCCUGCCUGCAGAACCAGUGCUGUGUUUGACACACAGAGACUACUGGUGUUGUUUCGAGCAGUUAGUUCAUCUGGACACAUGUGGAAGGCUGAGCGCUGUCUCUUUAGCCGUACAGCAGACCACAGCGUGUCCCAAACUCCUCAGCGCUCAGGGCCGAGGACGCUACUUCAUCCGCCUGAUGCUGAGCAGGAGAACUCUGGGAAAUGUAGUCAGCCAUCUGCUACACACAUCCAGCAUUAUGGAGUGGUACAGUCCUGACAUUUCUGUAUUGAGGAAUGAGGAAUUUGUAGAGCCUUUUCUGUCCUUGUGUCUGGUUCUCUCUGAAAUGGAGUUCAAACUCAACAUACAGAACUGCAGCUUUCUGGAUGAGAGUUGGCUGCUCCCGGUGUGUGAAACGUAUGAGGCUGUGCCGUGUCGCGAGCUGGGGAUGGUUCUCAGAUAUCUGGACAGGCGUGUGUUUGUGAUGGAGCUGCUCCGAGGCGGUGUGGCUCAAGCAGACAUGUUUGCAGAGCCCGGCGACAUCAUUGAUGAAAUCAAUGGCAUAUCGCUGAGAAAUUCCAAUAAUGGACAGGCAGGUGUGGUGCUGUCCAGAUUAAAAGGACAGCCUUUGUCCCUGCGCCUGUUGCGCUGGAGAGGUGAGAACGGCGCUGUGUAUCGCCCCCUGGUGCCUCUUUUACGCCAGCUGAAACAGGAGAAUCCCUCGCUGGAGUUCGGCUCGUCUCUUCCCAAACCACCUGUGCAGCGUGAUAACCAGAGCCAGUGUGUCAAAGAGGGACGGAUCCUGUAUGCAGUGCAGCUGUUAGGAAAAACAAACAUAGGAAUGUAUGGAGGGAAGGAGGUUCUGCAGUACGCCAUACCCACUGUGCUGCAAAAGAGACAGAGCAAGAAGGACGUGCUGUUGGACGUGAAGGAAACGCACCUGACCUGCACUGAUAAAUCCAAUAAACAGCAGCUGUUCCAGCAUCACUUUCCUGAGAUUUCUUGUGUGGGGAGAUUCGGCAAGCCGGAUUUCACCAUCUUCGCUUUCUGUGUAGGAGAUACUCCAGAUACGGGUUUGUGCUGUGUGGUUCUGCAGGCGACAUCUAGCGCUGAGUGUGAGGAGAUCGUCCACCGCAUCGCUGCAGGGUUUAAAAGCACUGAAUGGUUUGUGUGAGGAAUCUACAUGAGCACUGACAACACUGAGAGGUUCACAAGUUUCCAUGAAGAACUAUAUUAACUUCUUUCAGCAGCAAAACACAUCGUUCUGCAGGACAGGGCUCGGCUUCGGACACAGGUUAAAUUUUAUGUCGUUGGUCAGUUUCUCGGACAAACCCGAGGGUUAUUUUCAGUGUACGUGCUAUACACAUGCCCUCACCAGCCACUUUAUUGUUUUUUAAAAUUAAUGUAGGACUACUGACUGAUCAUGUCUGAGCACAUUAUUAUCCUGGUGACGGAAUAAUUUUAGCACAAAAUAUGUCUUUCUACAAAUAACUAAAUGUAAAAAUGAGUCAAACUCUAAAUGUCUAACACACCUGUAAAUGAAGGCUUGUGAAUCUGUGUGCAGAGAUUUUACGUCUGACCACUUUAUUAUUUAUUAUGACCACAUGCUCAUUCCUGUAGUUAUAUAAGCAGCCAAUCAUGCUGUAAUGCAAAUUGGACAAAACUGGUCUUUAACUGUCCCGUUUUGGGUGAGUCUGUACCCAUGAUAGCUUCCGUGUUCAUUUUCUAGUUUCUGGAUCUACCUCAAGGUUUGAUGUGUUGUGUGUUCUGAGAUGCCUUUCUACUCACCCUGGUUGUAAAGAGUGAUUAUAUGAGUUACCGUAUCCUUUCUGGCAGCUCUGGCCAUUUUCCUCACACCCUCUCAACAACCUUAUCAACAAGGUGUUUCCACACAGAGAUGACACUCACUAAAUGUGUUUAGUGUCGCUUUUUAAAACCCUAGAGAUCGUUGUGUGUGAAAAUCUCAGGAGAUCAGCAGUUUCUGAAAAACUCAAACCAAUCUAUCUGCCAUCAACAACCAUGCCACGGUUAAAGUCACAUUUUUUUCCAUUCUGAUGUUUGAAAUGAACAUAAACUGAAGCUAAACCUCUAUCUGUUUACCUGGAUGCAUUGUCCUGCUGCCACAUGAUUGGCUGCAUGAAUGAGCAGGUGUUCCUAAUAACGUGGACAGUGAAGGUAUUUUAUAUAUGGCUACUGUAAUGAAUAUAAUAUAUAUUGAAUAUUUUUACAUUUUCUUCACACUUGUGGAGUUAAAAAUAUUUGAAGUAUGUCCCGAUUUUCUUUUCCUUCAGUGGUAUUGCAACUCUGUGUGUAACUAUUGUUUAAAAGGUGUUGCUUGUUACUAAAAAAAGUAAGAAUGAAUCAUUGCCAUAAUGAAUCCUUAGGGGACGUUGGGAGGAGAGGAACAAGAUGAGUUCAAAAACAAAUCUGGGUAUGUAGAUACAGGUAAAAUUUAUGAUCAGCUUAAAGUACAUAACAUACUGUAUUAACGUGUGCGAUGUGACUACAUAUGUUUUCAUGGUUUCAUUGUGAGUUCUGUCCGGUUCACCAAAUGUAGCUUGCGCAUAAGUGUUCUUUUAUACACUUUUAUUCAAACUCUUAUAAUAAAACAUGAUAAAUACCCGACACAAUAAAUCAACGUAAUAAAAUAUAUACACACACACACCAAAUAACAAAAGU